AGAUGGCGAUUACGUACCAGGCGUCGGUAGGAUGAUAAACUACGUCGCGACCUUCGAGUCCGUGUCCAAUCGUCGGUGACCUCCGAGACUUUUCAAAUUUGAACUGCAAAAUCUCGAUCGACUGUUAUUGUUGUUUUAAAAAGCCGGGGUGACAGCGCGACCGACCGGUGGGAUUCGCACGGUUGUCGGACGAUGAGGGACCGCUGAGAUCCGUCCCGUCCCUCCCGAGUCGCUCCGUCGGACCGUCGCGUCGCCGGCGUCGCCGCUCGCCACGGUCGGAACAAAGGACUACCCACGAUGUUUACGCCGAUCAAGCCCAAGGGCUGCGGCGUGCUGAAUGACACGGUGCUGAACACGCCGCAGCCGCAGGCGACGUCGACCGUCUGCCGAAAAAGCACGCUGGAGAGCAGAUUCAGCGACAAGCUGCACUCGGUUGAGGAGAGGGGCAAACAGGAUACGUGUCCACCGUGCGAGAGUGAGCCGACGCAGAGAGAGGACUCCUCGUUGGGUCUCCUCGACGAUAUGUCAGUUCUCAUGAGCAUAAGCACGACGGAGGACGAACAGAAGUCGAGUUAUCCCAAUACAGACGCGGAUCUCGAGUACGCCAGUCACGCCAGGAGACUUCUUCAGAGAUGUAGCGACGUAGCGAAACAUUCCUCUUUAACCACGGACAUGGACAAAGAGAAUAACGCCAAUGUGCAAAAUAUAACGGGCAAUAUGUCAGUUCCAAAUUUUACACUGCCAAUUGGAGCUUACGAGUUCGACAGGGAGUAUAACAUGAAUCACUCGAUGAGCAAAGUUAGCACAACCAGUGUCACUUUCGAGCCUAAUGAAAUAACGGCGCGUUCGUCUGGCGUCAGCUGCAGUGCCAAGAGACAGCUUCCCACGAACCAAUCUUUCAUCGGCAUUAGCUUCAAUAAGGAUGACAUGAUGGCACAAGUUAAUGACGACACUAUGAUGGCGCAGAUCAAUAACGAGGAAUUUCUGUCCAGCUCAAAAUGCGCCGAACAAUUGUCGAUGGAUCAGGCUUACUGGCAGCAGAAUCGCACGUAUUGCAUGCCAGUCGCGAGUACGGAUAAGCAGAAGAUAGAUUUUAGUACUCUUUCCGGUAUCAUCGGGGAUCUAGAUUUAACAGUAGAAUCUUGCGCUGGACGGAAAGUGAGCGUUGGCAAAUACUUCGAACGUAAAUCUGACAAUAUAGGAUUGUUGGGAAAUAAUGAAAAAAUGAGAGCGAAUCUCUGUGUUUCGGAAACUCCUGUAAAAACGGGCAAAUUACCAGCACUAGCUGAAUCGACUGUCUUGACAGAUGCGAUGGCGUCGUCGGAAGUCACGGAAUUAACGGGGAAAGAGCAUACGCUUAUUCCCAGUGCGACAAGGGACGUGGAUGAAAAUAGCAUCAUAAGUUUGAGCACUAUUGUUAAUACUUUACAAGACGUUAACAGCGGGACGCCACGGAGAUUGGUCGAUCAGCUUUUAAUGGCACAGAAGAAGAAGAGACAUUCUCUGAUGCAUGAAAACGCAAGAAAAGAAACUUACACACUGCCUUCCGACAAGUCUGUUUUAGCAACGUCUAUCAGGAAUUCGAACAUAUUUGAUGAAAUUAAGAAUCUUUCGGCUAAAUUGUCGCUGGAUAACCGAACUAAAAAUGAAGCUACAAGUGAGAUUGUUGAUGUGAAGCAGGAGUGUAUGACUGCAUCGUCAUUUUCAAGUCAAAAUGCGAAGAAGGCUGAAUCUUUCGCGAAUACAUCUAAACAGAAAAUAUUAAAGGACGAAGCGUGCAGUGAAAAUAUAAUGUCGUCAUUAAAUCGAGACUUAGAUGUGUCGUCAACAUCAGAUCGUACGUUUUCUUUGCGACAUUCUACACUACCGUGCAGUGACAAACUGACUGCGUUGUCCAACGUACCAUAUAAAAUGAAUAGGAAUUACGAUGAAGAAAGCUACAAAAAUUUAAAUAUACGAAGCGAGGAAGAGAUACCGAAGAAAGAUAUUCCUAGUAGCAUGAUAGAUUCGUCGCUCUCAUUGAACACAAAUAUGAAAGUGCAGUCCGAUUUGAACAAGAAUGUCAUUCUUGGUAGCAACACAGACAAAUCGUGCAACUGUAUCGUUGGUAUGACGAAUGAAGUAAAUGUUGAGCUUGUAAAUAAUGGAGAGAGGUGGAUCACGUAUACCUUUAAGCUAAUUGAAGUGGUAGGAGAUGCACAAAGUAUUGAAUUAAAUAUACCUUCGGGAGAGACUUUAAUAAAUCCUAAUGGAGUCCGAUCCACAAAGAUUGAAAUGAAAGUAACGAAACCAUGUAAACCAAUAUUUGUGGUGUUAAACAUAUUUUUAUCAGAUAUGGUAGCAAAAUCGAAAUGGUGUAUGAAGCACAUGAUUUUCGUUAGUCCGGAGCAACUUGACCUUGACGUCAUAUGUCCUUUUAACAAAUCAGAAUUGGAUUUCCAAUAUGUUGCAGAGGAAAUAACAAAAGUUCUGCCUGUAACAUUUCACAACAAAAACAACGUUGACGUACCUGUGAAACUCUCAAUACAUGAUGACUUAAAGCUGUUCAGUAUUGAUGAACCAACGCAUUUGAUACUUAAGCCACUUGAAAAAUUUACCACUAAUGUAAAAUGUGAAAAAUCGCGAUCCACAUCACUAGAUUCUCCGCAGAGGCAGCCGCAGCAUUGGACGAGCAGACUAAUUAUAGACGUGCAAUACAAGGAUGCUGUAUUAUUUAGAAAAGAAGUGCCUCUUUACGCACAAAUUGGUGUUUGUAAAAUCCAAAUUAUCGACACCGAAAUACCUAUAGUUGUUCCGAGAGAACAGGGCAAAUUGGUGAAUAUCAUUAACUCGGGAAAUGUCGUGACUCACGUGUUCGCUACUGUUGUGCCAAUGGAAGGGCAUCCGAACGCGACGCAGGAUUUCUUUAUAAAACCAGAGAGUAUAUUCUUGCAAGUUGGAGAGAGAAGUUCAUUCUUAAUUGUAUAUAAGCCACAAUUAUCAGAUGCAAGCUCUAUAGAUAAGGAAAGAUAUGCCAAGAUCAAGUUGAUCGCCGGGAACAAUGUUUACCACUACAUCAUAAGUACCGAGCCAAAAUUAUUAGAGUCGGAUAAGGAAAAUUUUCGCUGCCAUACGCCUAAUAAUGUUGUAUCUCCAAGUCCAGCAACAUCGCCGCAGAGUAUAGCGAGUAACAGAUCUGGACCUUGCGAUAGAAAUUCACCGAUCAGUACAGUAUCUAGUAUAGCUGCAGCAGGAAAUAUAGUUCCGAUCAAAUCUACACACGCUGCCCUAGUGUGGAAUAGCGUGAAAACCGGAAAAAGUGAGACUAAGGAAUUUAUGAUUCGCAACACGAGCAAUAACAGGAUUAAAAUUCAAAUAGACAUAUGCGACGACAGUAAAAGUUUUAAGUUCCUCGAGGAUAAGCAGAUCGACACGAGCAAGGUACUGGCGUUGCAACGUCAAGAGAGCAAAACGCUCGUGGUCGCGUUCAGUCCGUAUUACGUAGGUCCAGUAGUUGGAAAAAUCACCAUUAAACAUUAUACAAAAGGGAGCAGUGAUUCUCAGCAGUACAAAAAAAUAUCUCUGUAUGGAUACGGCGGCUACAGCAAAGUAAAAAUUUUGGGUACAGCUAAGGAUGCGAGUAGAACAAUGUGGUUGUCACUUGGCAAUCUGUAUUCGGAAACCGGCAUGAGAGCAAAUAUUGAACUGGAUAACAGUGGCGACUUACGUUCAUUCGCCAAGAUCACAGUUAGACCGAAAGUCCUUUCGACAAUGAACUCUAGUUGGCACGUAAAUCCGAAGGAGGUGAUUCUUGAUUCUAAAGAAUCUCGACAAAUAACGAUACAAUUUCAUCCGAAGAGGGAGGACUUUGCGUUACUGCAACGCUCGGAAGUGUCGCAUGUCGCGACGAUAAACAUCACCUACGGUGACGAGCCGACACGCUGGCGAAUACGCAGGUUGUACAAUAAGAUAAAAGAGUCGGGUGACGUGACGGGAACUGAGAAUGAAGCGUUCAAGAAUAUUAUACUUCCAAUAUGUAAAACUUUCCCCGGGGAGCAGCUAAUCAGCGGUUUAACAUUAAUUCGCGAUCCUAUUCAAAACCUAAGCGAUCUGUGCACCGGCGUUCAUCAGUACGAGAUAAUGCUCACAGUGGAAGCGUGCGCGGAUGACACUUUGCCGGUACAUUACGACACCGAUGAAUCGGAGAUGUAUCAGUCUCUGAUAAGCGACACCACGCAUGUGGACGAAGCGGGUGGAGCAAGUUUCUUCGCUUCUCAAACGAUGGCAGAACACGAAGUUCAGCAUCCUGAAUUGCAAGAUCAAUUCACUGUAACUCCGUCCACUAUCGUUCUGACGCCGCCAAUCCAGAACGAGGCGACCGUGACUAUUCUUAGCUUUUCCAAAGUGGCCGAGCCAUUCCAGACCAGUCUGUCGAAUUCAAACUACUUCAGCGUUUUCCCCGCGGAAGGGAUGUUACCGAGUAAAAAGAGCUUUCCCCUAAAGAUCCAGUGUUCACAGAGACUGGAGCGUAACAUGCAGGCCGUACUCGAGAUUUACACGGAAAACAAUAAACAGGAUGUAUUAAUCAAAGUCGUCGCGAGGCGACAGUAAUCGACUUUAUCUGCGACAAUCAAAAUAUUUAUUUUAAUUAUUGUAUAAUUGAGAAGUUUUUAUAAAGAUAUUUUAUUAACAUUAAACCUGUUUCUAGCAAAUCA